UCCCUCCAAAGGUUGUCGUUUCGACACCUCAGCAACAGCAACCAGCAACCGCCAAAAAACAGUACUGUCCUUUCCUCGCCUCAGCAGUCAGCAACCAACUUGACCAACCACCACCUCUCUCCGCCUCUUCACUCUCAGAUUCCCUGUUGUUACUCAAAUUUGGAUUUAUCUCAAUCUUCGUCUCCAUUGUCUUGUUAUCUUCUGAUUAAGAAGACGAAGACGAAGGACGGUGUGCCUUGCCAUGGCUGCGAAAAUGGGUUCUUUCAGAUAUAAUUUUGCAGAGAAGAGAGAGAGGUUGCUUUCUACAAAAGGGUUUUCAGAGAUUGGAUUUGCCAAUAUAAAUAAGGAAGAAUAUGAACCCAGAAAUUGUUGUAGCUAUCUCUUCUUUUGGGAUAAGAUUGUUGGAUUCUGUAAAAGUGUGCCGGACGUUGCCGUUAAGGCUUACGAGAUGGGCAGCUCCGAUCCCCGGAAGAUUAUUUUUUCUGCAAAGAUAGCUUUAGCUUUGAUGCUGAUUUCUUUAAUGAUUUUCUUGAAAGAGCCGAUUAAAGACCUCAGUCUCAACCCUGUCUGGGCUGUUCUUACCGUUGUUGUUGUCUUUGAAUUCAGUAUAGGAGCUACUCUUAGCAAAGGACUUAAUCGAGGGAUUGGGACAUUAUCAGCAGGAGGCCUUGCUUUGGGCAUGGCAGAGUUGGCUCAGUUAGCUGGAGAAUGGGAAGAAGUUGUUAUUAUUCUAAGUAUCUUCUUCAUAGGGUUUUGUGCAUCUUAUGCAAAACUGUACCCAACAAUGAAGCCUUACGAAUAUGGAUUCCGUGUGUUCUUGUUGACCUAUUGCAUGGUCAUGGUGUCUGGGUAUAAUACCAGGGAAUUUGUCCACACAGCUAUUACACGAUUUCUGCUUAUUGCACUGGGUGCUGCUCUUUGUUUGGUAAUAAAUAUCUGCAUUUAUCCUAUCUGGGCUGGCGAGGAUUUGCACAACUUGGUCGUAAAAAAUUUCAUGAGUGUGGCAACUUCUUUGGAAGGUUGUGUUAAUGGAUACCUGAAUUGUGUUGAAUAUAAAAGGAUCCCUUCCAAAAUCCUUACUUAUCAAGCCUCCGAUGACCCGUUAUACAGUGGUUACAGGUCAGCUGUACAAUCUACAAGCCAAGAGGAUUCACUGAUGGGUUUUGCUAUUUGGGAGCCGCCUCAUGGUCCUUAUAAAUCAUUUAGAUACCCAUGGAAGAAUUAUGUCAAAGUAAGCGGUUCACUAAGGCAUUGUGCAUUCAUGGUUAUGGCACUGCAUGGGUGUAUUCUCUCAGAGAUACAGGCUCCUGCGGAGAGAAGACAAGUCUUUCGUCGUGAGUUGCAAAGGGUAGGAGCUGAAGGGGCUAAAGUGCUGCGUGAACUUGGGAACAAGGUAAAAAAGAUGGAGAAACUGAGUUCAGUAGACAUUCUAGCUGAGGUGCAUGAGGCUGCAGAAGAGUUGCAAAACAAGGUAGACAGAAAAUCAUAUCUUUUUGUCAAUUCAGAGUGCUGGGAAAUUGGAAAUUCAGCAAAAGAUCUAGGUGAGCCGCAAGUGUCUCUAAACUUUGAUGAUGCUGAAAAUGCGGAUAAGUUCCUGCAACAUAAAUCCUAUAGUGAAGCUCUGCUAAAUCUCAGAUCAUUGACCAUACCAAAAAGUUGGGAUGAUCAGAAAGCACCGAUCAACGACUUAAACUCCCCCGGCCCCUUGCCUCUAGCUUCUGGCCUUUCCUCUGAAUCCAUGUUACAGAAGCAGAUCUCCUGGCCUCCACGUAUUUCAUUUGCUGAUACGCUGACACAGAUGGAAGAAUCGAAAACAUACGAAAGUGCAAGUGCAUUGAGUUUGGCUACAUUUACAUCACUUUUGAUUGAAUUUGUUGCAAGGCUGCAAAAUCUUGUAGACUCAUUUGAAGAACUUAGUGAAAAAGCAAACUUUAAAGAACCAGAUGAGCUAUCAACCACAGGAGUGGCAGAACAUAUGGGGUUCUGGACUAGAUUGCGCAGAAUUAUGAAGUUCCGGAAUUAAUUUAAUGCGGAUUUUUCUGAAAAAAGGGACCAAUCCUGGAUCACAGUUGAGUCUCAGUGACAUGGAAUUGUAUAUUUUACGUUCCAAAAUACCAAAAACUCCUGGUUUUUGAUGUUGACUUAAGUCGCAGCGAUAUAUGAACUGUCUGAUUUCAGUUGAUGUAUCUAAAGGAUGCUGAAACCUACGAACCGACAGCAGGGCCACCUGUGAAUGGCAAAAAAGGACUUAUAUAACCGACUCUAACUAGUUCGGGAUUAAGACUUAGUAGUUGUUGUGUUCUUGUACUGCACCGCUACCAAAGAUGUUGGAAUAUUAGGACUUGAUAUGAAUUGAUAGUAUCUUGCAGUUCAAAAAUUGAAAGUGCAACUGCAAAAUGAGAAUAUAGCAGACUCAUAGAAGAUGCAUUCUGGACAAAGAUGAUGCAUGCAUGGGCCCUUCUCCUAAAUGUUGGUUCAGAAGUUUUGACACACACAUACAUGUAUCUAGAACAAGAUGCUUUGUUCUUGUAAUUAUGUCCAAUAACUCUUAUUAUAUUCUCAUGGAGGAAGCUACUCUCGUAUUGUCAAUGGAGAAAGUUUAUAGUAGAAAAAUUUACUAUUUAUUC